UCAUUUCACGACUCCUGUCUCUCUCUCUCUCUGUUUAUCUCUGCUUCGUCGAUCGAUCCCCAAGCGAGAGAGAUCAAUCGAGGAGAUCGAAUCCUCCUUUAGGGUUAGGGUUUGGGGUAGAGUUAGGGUUUCGGUGUUUCGGAGGCUUGCAUCGAUCGAUCUCGGGGUCGGGAGAGGUGGAAGAAACGGUGAGCUUUGCGGCGGCGGAGGCGGAGGAGGAGAUGGCGGAGGCGAGGGGCGUCUACGAUCUGUGAUCGGCUUCCGCGGCGUGGGUUUUAGGGCGGAGCGCGGAGCGCGGUGGAGUGCAUGAGGGAUCUGGUUCCGGCUUUAUGUUUUGGUGUUGCGUGGAGGGAUUGUGGGCUUUUGAUCCGGAGCAGGGGUAGGUGGGGCAAAUGCGGAUGAGCUUGGCGUAGAUCGUUCGCGUUUGGGGUUCGUUUCCGUGUGCGGAAGGUUGUAGAAGUAGAGAGUACCUUCUAGAGGUAGAGGGUGCGAGGGGGGAGUGAGCGAAAGGUUGGGUUUUUGGAAUCGUUGGGCUUGGUUGUUGUGGGAAGAUGCAGCACGAUCAGAGGAAAAAGGUUAAGAGUUCAUCGGAGAUGAAUUUUUUCACCGAGUAUGGCGACGCCAAUAGAUAUAAAAUUCAGGAAGUCAUCGGUAAGGGAAGCUAUGGAGUUGUGUGUUCAGCCAUUGACACACAUACCGGAGAAAAAGUGGCAAUCAAGAAAAUAAAUGAUAUUUUUGAACACAUCUCUGACGCUGCCCGGAUCCUUCGUGAGAUCAAGCUUCUCAGACUUCUAAGGCAUCCAGACAUAGUUGAAAUUAAACACAUCAUGUUGCCUCCUUCGAGGAGGGACUUCAAAGAUAUUUAUGUUGUUUUUGAGCUCAUGGAGUCUGAUCUUCACCAAGUCAUCAAGGCUAAUGAUGACUUAACAAAGGAGCAUUACCAGUUCUUCCUUUACCAGAUGCUCAGGGCAUUGAAGUAUAUACAUACUGCUAAUGUUUAUCAUCGCGAUUUGAAGCCAAAGAAUAUAUUAGCCAAUUCAAAUUGCAAGCUUAAAAUCUGUGACUUUGGACUAGCAAGAGUUGCAUUUAAUGAUACUCCUACAACGAUAUUUUGGACGGAUUAUGUUGCGACUAGGUGGUAUAGAGCUCCUGAGCUAUGUGGAUCUUUCUUUUCCAAGUAUACCCCAGCAAUUGAUAUUUGGAGCAUUGGUUGCAUUUUUGCUGAGGUGUUAACAGGAAAGCCUUUAUUUCCUGGUAAAAAUGUGGUUCACCAGUUGGAUUUGAUGACCAAUCUUCUGGGCACACCGUCCUUAGAUACAAUUUCUCGGAUCCGCAAUGAGAAGGCAAGGAGGUACUUGAGCAGCAUGAGAAAAAAAGAGCCUGUGCCGUUUUCUCAGAAGUUCCCAAAAGCGGAUCCAUUAGCAGUUAAGCUUUUGGAAAGGCUUUUAGCAUUCGAUCCCAAGGACAGGCCAACUGCUGCAGAGGCAUUGGCAGAUCCGUACUUUAAAGGCCUGGCUAAACUGGAGAGAGAACCAUCGUGUCAACCGAUCUCGAAAAUGGAGUUCGAGUUUGAGCGUAGAAGAGUGACGAAGGAGGACCUUAAGGAACUUAUAUUCCGCGAGAUAUUGGAGUACCAUCCUCAAUUGCUCAAGGACUAUGUUAAUGGCACUGAGAGGACAAGCUUUCUAUAUCCAAGUGCUGUUGAUCAGUUCAGGAAGCAAUUCACUCAUCUUGAGGAAGACGGUGGUAAAAGUGUGCCAGUAAUUCUAUUUGAUCGGAAGCAUGUUUCUCUUCCCAGGGCUACUAUGGUUCACUCUACUCCUUUCCCUCCCAAGGAACAGCCGACUAAGGCGUCAUUCCAAGAGCGGCCAACCUCCGACGAGUCAUGCAAAAUCCCCCGACAUGUCGAAAGGUUUCCUGCAAAUACAGCUAGGGCUCCACAGCCGCCUCCAGGGAUUCCAACCGCUAGGCCGGGAAAACUCGUUGGGCCAGUAAUACCCUACGAAAAUGGCAGCGUAAAGGAUUCCUACGAUCCGAGAAGGUUGCUUAGGAACAUGCCGCCAACAUACGGUUGCCGCCGCCGCGAGCCUGCGCCUUCGGAUAAACUUUCGCCUGAGCUCCACGGGGAAAGUUGUGCGCAGCACAAGCUGCCACACCAGUUCUAUAUCUCAGGCGCAAUGGAGGCGAAACUUCUGCAGGAGAAACCACCCUUUGAAUCUCAUCAGACGGCCGGUGCUGUCCAGAUCGCGAUGUCGAGAAUGUACUAGUGCAAAACGGCGAAUCGAUUGUGUCUGGUGAUAUCAUAUCGAGCUCGACAGAUCGAAUUGAAAUGCUCAGGGGAAAAGGAAGCGAGGUGGUGAGAAGAUGUUGACGAAAAAGGGAAUUGUCAGAGCGCUGCAGUGCCAUGCGGUGCAGUGCGAGGCUACAUAUGAUGAUUAACGAUACCGGUGGCCAUUUGGAGGCUUUGUGAUCGCCGUGUGCGCGUGGUGCGGGCGAGUAUAUUCGGGUUCCUUCUUGAGGGUGAAGAUGGUGAAAGUGGCGAAGGUGGUUACUGUUCUAUUUUAGUACAGCUGAUAGAUUUCUGUUUCUUGUUGAUCUUGCAUAUAGUCUAUUUGAUGGUUCUUCCCCUUCGGCAGGGAAGUAAAUGUUGUAUUUGUUUGUAGCAGAUAAUGAAGAGAAACUAGUGUUCCAGAAUAAUAAUUUUCAUUAAUCUAUUUGAUGCACUGUUUGUUUAAA